GAGGAAGCCUUUUGUUUGUCUCUCCCCGGACCCGGAGAUCUCUCUUCUUCUCCUUCUCCUCUUGGCGUGCCCUGCAUCUUCAUCAUCUUUGAUUCGAUUUGGUAGGUCCUCCUCAGAAUUCGAUUUGUUUACGAAGUAGUAUUAUCGAGGGAAGCAGCUAGGAUGGGUGUGAAGCAGGCUCUAAGGAGCAUCGAUGCGUUUCCUAGAGCAGAGGAUCAUUUGCUCCAGAAGACGCAAUCGGGUGCAGUUGUAUCAAUUGUUGGACUGCUUAUAAUGGCUACUUUGUUCUUGCACGAGCUGAGUUAUUAUCUUAACACACUUACAGUACACCAGAUGUCAGUGGAUCUAAAGCGUGGAGAAACUCUUCCAAUUCAUGUAAAUAUGACAUUUCCAUCUUUGCCUUGUGAUGUAUUGAGCGUGGAUGCUAUAGACAUGUCAGGGAAGCAUGAAGUGGAUCUCGAUACAAACAUUUGGAAGCUCCGUCUCAACAGUCAUGGACAUAUUAUUGGCACAGAAUAUAUAUCCGAUCUUGUUGAAAAGGGUCAUGAACAUGGUCACUCAUCUCACAAGCAUGAUGGCAAAGAAGAACACAAGAAUGAGACCGAAAUCGAAACAUUGAAUUCUCUAGGCUUUGAUCAAGCUGCUGAGACUAUGAUUAAGAAAGUGAAGCAAGCAUUGGCAGAUGGAGAAGGAUGUCGGGUUUAUGGUGUCCUAGAUGUACAACGGGUUGCUGGAAACUUCCAUAUUUCAGUUCACGGGCUGAACAUCUAUGUCGCUCAGAUGAUAUUUGGCGGGUCCAAAAACGUAAACGUGAGCCAUAUGAUUCAUGAUCUAUCCUUUGGUCCGAAAUAUCCGGGAAUUCACAACCCACUUGAUGACACCAACCGAAUGCUGCAUGAAACCAGUGGAACAUUCAAAUACUAUAUUAAGAUUGUUCCCACAGAAUAUAGAUAUCUUUCAAAAGACGUACUGUCAACAAAUCAGUACUCUGUAACUGAAUAUUACACGCCGAUGACUGACUUCGACCGAACAUGGCCAGCUGUCUACUUUUUAUACGAUCUUUCACCUAUCACUGUGACCAUCAAGGAAGAACGCCGUAGUUUUCUCCACCUAAUCACUCGGCUUUGCGCUGUAUUAGGCGGUACCUUUGCUUUGACAGGAAUGCUAGAUCGUUGGAUGUUCCGUUUGAUUGAAUCGUUCAACAAGAACACGAAUACUAGAAGCAUGCACUAGGGGAACAGAGACAAAAACAAAUGAGAAGAGAAAGUAAAACCAAGGAAGGAAGAAGAAUCUCUCAAAUCCCAAAACUUGCAUCUUCCUUCCUGAGACAACAACCCAUCGGAGAUUCCAGGAUUAUACAUUUACUCAGAAACACUAGAAAUCCAUGGAUAUAGUUUUUUUGCAUGUUCUCUCAGUCUUUAAUUUUAUUUUCUCUCUUUUGUAACUCUGAUUAUCUCUGGUUAACUAGUAGAGUUAUUUGUAAUUUUAUUCACUUUGAUUACUCCUA